AUGGCGCUGAGGCGGCUCCUGCUGCGCUACUUCCCGCCGGGAAUUAUUCUGGAGUAUGUAGAAGGUGGUGAGUCAAAGACCAGAUCAAUAGAUCUGCUCGACCUUAGACCUGACACAGAUGUUACAGCCUUAGUAGAAGAAAUCCAAAAAAGAGAGCCUCUCAUCACAGCUUCCUGCAUUGAACAUGUCAUACAUCUAGUACAAAGAUUGCAGGAGAAGCUGGGGGAAAAACAGAAUCACAAAUUCUCUCUUUUUAAGGUGCUUAGAACACACAUAUUGCCCCUGACUAAUGUCGCAUUUAACAAAUCUGGUUCCCGCUUUAUCACGGGAAGCUAUGAUAGAACCUGCAAAGUGUGGGAUACAGCAUCGGGAGAAGAGCUGCAUUCUCUGGAGGGACACAGAAACGUUGUCUAUGCAAUAGCUUUCAAUAACCCCUAUGGUGACAAGAUUGCCACUGGAUCUUUUGAUAAAACCUGCAAACUGUGGAGUACAGAAACAGGACAAUGUUAUCAUACCUUCAGAGGACAUAGUGCAGAAAUAGUAUGUUUAUCAUUUAAUCCUCAGAGCACAUUAUUGGCAACUGGAAGCAUGGAUACCACUGCCAAAUUAUGGGAUCUAGAGAAAGGAGAAGAAGUAGCCACUUUAAAUGGGCACUCAGCAGAAAUUAUUGCUCUGUCUUUCAAUACCUCUGGAGACAGGAUCAUCACUGGCUCCUUUGACCAUACAGUAGCAGUAUGGGAUGUUUGCACUGGCAGGUUGUUACAUACUUUAAUAGGCCACCGAGGAGAGAUUAGCAGUGCCCAGUUCAACUGGGACUGUUCUCUCAUUGUCACUGGAUCAAUGGACAAAACAUGCAUGCUGUGGAAUGCUGUGACAGGGACACACAUAGCCACGCUGGCAGGGCACAGCAAGGAGGUGCUGGACGUGUGCUUCGACUACGCCGGGCAGCGCAUUGCAACAGCCUCUGCUGAUGGGUCAGCAAGAGUCUAUAAUGCAGGAACAAAACAGUGCAUUGCAAAGCUGGAAGGGCAUGAAGAUGAAAUUGCAAAGGUGUGUUUCAACCCUAAAGGCAAUUGCAUACUAACAGCCAGUUCUGAUAAAACAGCUCGGCUCUGGGAUGCUGCUACUGGACACUGCCUUCAGAUAUUAGAGGGUCAUGCUGAUGAGAUCUUCUCCUGUGCUUUUAACUACAAAGGUGAUACAAUCAUCACAGGGAGCAAGGAUAACUCCUGUAGAAUCUGGCACUGA